CCAGAUGGCAAGUGUUCUUGCCUAGCUUUACCUGAUACCCUCAAACGUUGGCACAGUCUUGAGAGCUACAUGUCCAAGGUGAUUCCUGUCGAGGAGGAGAUCUGGAUGAUCCUUAGGGAUAUUGCCACGGGACUGUGCUUUAUGCACACCCAGGACAUUAUUCAUCUGGAUCUCAAGCCUGCAAACAUCUUCUUGACGGACGAGAAUACCCUCAAGCUGGGCGAUUUCGGUAUGGCCAUGCGGAUGCCUAUCACCCGCGGCAUGGAGCGCGAAGGCGAUCGGAACUAUCUCGCUGGCGAGGUCCUGAAGGGAAAGUACGGCAAGCCUGCGGAUAUCUUCAGUCUGGGAAUGAUUCUGCUCGAGCUGUGCACGAGCAUCAACCUGCCUGGGAACGGCGAAGUCUGGACCAAGCUCAGGUCUGGCGACCUCAGCGACUUUGACUUGAGCAGCACAGCCUCCCAGAUCAUGAUCGAUCUGAUCGAAAGUAUGCUCAAUCCUGACCCAAGCCUGCGGCCGACUGCCGAGCAAAUCCUGGAACACCCGAUGCUGGCCAGCCCUCAUGGUGCCAGCCUGACCCCUGUUGACACCAUCAUGGCCGAGGAAGAUGCUGCGAGCACUUUGUCGGCUCAGACUGCGACCUUGGUGGUCAACAGUGCCCAGCCGAGCGCCAUCGCAACCGCAAUCGCAACCGCAAUCGCAACCGAGCCUGCCAAGUCGGUC